UCGACCCUUUCAUUUCUUGCCCUCUCUUUCAUUCAUCGGACUGGCUUUCUUCUGCUAACGUCUUUCACCUUCUUCAUGCCAUUGCUUGCCGGAAUAUUUGCUAAACGAGAUAGGCAAUCUGGUGCUCGCAGCCCACCUUCCAAUUUAACCGUACCAACCACACCGACUUCUACAGCCUCCAUCUCUAGCACAGUCGUAUCCUCAGAACCAGAUUAUGUCUUUCCAGACAAGUCUUUAAAGUCUCUACCGCCAACAAUUUAUACCGGUCCACAAGCAGCAUCAUCGAGCAAGCUCAAAUUGCCCUUCCGUCGGAGACAUGUACAUCAGCCACAUGUCACAGGCACCUCCCAAGGCGUAUUUUCUCUCAACGAUAGUCCCCCGCGGGCCCACAUAUCCGGCGUCGUCUCUGAUUCAGGACAUGACCUCCCCCCUUCACCACCAAAACCGUCCUUCUUUGGAGUAUACCACGACCCCAGCGUUAAUUCCACACUUUCGCUUCCCGGUGAAAACACGCGCCGUCAAUCUCGCCUACAUACCCCUUCCGCUAUCGCUCGGAACGAGAUACACAGCGCACCCCCGUCUUCGUCGACGACGCCACCUAACUUGAAAAAACAAGGCGGCUUGUUCUCCUGGGCUAGAGAGCGUACUAAAUCGAAACCUGCCCCACCACCAGCAACUCUUGCAGCUCCUCCCACUCCCAGUCCCCACCCGAAGGACAGUUUUAACUUGAAAGCUUUCCGCCACGUUCGUUCCGAGUCCCCCACUCCUCCAGCGGCUGAUAUUCCUGAUACCGAACUUCCCCUUCCUCCUGCCCGGCCACGCCCGCGCGGGGACAGUGUUGCUUCAGAUUCCUCCCAGAGGAUAUCAGUCGCAGCGUUUCGUGAAGCACAAGCUCGCAGGAGCCGUGCAGGUUCACCUGCACCUUCAUUGCGACCCCCUUCUUUCCUCGAUACCCUCCGCGUUGAAAAUGUAUCCAGACAACGGGCUUCUACGGUUUCAACGCCUACGGGAAGUGAAUACCACCUACCAUCUAAUCGCAAUUCUACUGCGCCUCCGCUGUCAAUUCUGAUUAACCGAAAUUCAUCCGCCGUAGACACUAGUACUUCGGAGUCGGAUGAGUCCGACGAAGACAAUGAAGAAGUGGAUAGUGAUGGUGUGCCUAUCAAGCCUAGUCGCAAGCGCACCGUGACUCGUCGCCCUGGUCCGCGCUCGCGGUCUGAUGCGGGACAUGCUGCUGUAUCGAGUUCUCAGAUUCAACGGCCAGAUCCACCGAGAUGGUCGAAAUCGGACAAUGUACAGCUACGACAACCUGAUAGCCCAGCUUCUGUGCGAGCAAGGGCAUCUGCCUCCACUAGUGCUCUCACGCCAAAUGCUGCUGCCCGUCGUGCGUCGACUUUAGCUGCUGCAAACGCUUCCUCCGCAUCAUCAGCCUCGGAGAAACCUUUGCCAUCGCCUGUGUCACAGAGAGCGGCGAAAAAUGACGACUCUGAUACUUCGUCGGAUUCUGAUACUGAUUCUGAAGACAUGCCUUUGUCUGCACUCGUUGCACCACGCAGACCGGGAAGCUCUGCAUCCAUAUCCACCACCAGAUCCGCUGCCUCACGGCCUCGUAUGCCCGCCAAGCCCCUGAUUGAUAUCAAAUCACUCGUCGGAAGUCCUCCUGUGCUCACGCCUGUCCUGAGGCACGAGCAUUCAGUGAAGGUGCCGUCUAGAAAGGGUAAGGAACGUGAGGUGGAUAGGGACGAGCCCUUUGCUCCUCCCCCCGUUAUCAGCUUAACGCCGAGCCGCCUGGCGGAGAAUCCUGCUCCUGUAACUCCCCACGAGCCCACAAGCCCAGCUCCCAAGAUUCCCCCUCCUAUUCGUCAUAAGAGGUCAAUCAGUGAUAUUGGGCACGUCCCUCGGGCGUCCACCUCACCGAUCUCGGUUGAUGAUGAUUUGAUGGACGCCAUCAGACUCGUUACUUCCUUUGAUCAAUCACGAGAUACCUCACAGUCGCCUACGCGACCUUCCCAACAAGUGCCGCCCCUGAACAUUGCUCCACCUGCUGUCGAACGUGUAGCAAAUGCUGCCGACAAGCCAGAAUCUCCUCGUGACGACCGUAUCGUGCCAACACCUGUUCGAGAGUAUAAACCUCCAGCAUCUUUCAGCGUCACCUCACGCCCCCCGCGUCGAUAUAGCACUGAUCUCUCUCAGGCAGCAUCACCAGCCUCACCUACGACAACGUUCUCCGCCGUCUCCAAAAAGUCUGCUUCUCCACAACGAUCUCCUUCUCCUAUCAAGUCCCUCAAGUCUGCAUUCGCUCCUCGUUAUCGAGCAGCUACUGUAUCUCAACAGCCCAAUGUACCAUCAAAUGACAAGUCAGAUGCUUCAUCCGUCGUCUCAACCUCUCGAUCUUCCCGCUCUUCUCGUGUCCCACCUGUCCCUCUCAUCAACGCUGUGCCCGAUUCACCUUCCGUGAAAGCCAGUUGGGGGUCUUCGAAGGAUUUAUACAAGACCCGCCCUCCUUCGACGCCGAGUGUGUUGGAGAGCAGAAUGUCUCGGCCGCCGUCAGGCACGCUUGUCUCCCUCGUGCCUUCUUCAAGGCCUGGCAUGCCCGCGGCACCACAGUCGUCCAGACCGCAAUCGCAAUCACUGAUGCCCUCCCGGCCAUUCGCAAGUAAUAGCUCUUUACGAGGCGAGAGUCCCGCUGGCAGCUCAACAGGCGAUUCGAGCAGCGGUCGUGCGCCGUUUACUCCCCGUGAUGGUAGUGACAUCGGGGUGCAAACUGGACGGAGGGAUGGAAGCGAGGCGGAUUUGACGCUCAAGGCGCGCGGUGCGAAUGCGAAGCGGUCGACUGUGAGCUUUGAGGAUGAUCCGCCGCGUGGGCGGGAGAGGGUUAAGAAUGAUGCUGAUGAUGAGGGGAGGCGGAAUGAGAGGAGACGGACUGAAGCGAAGGCUGCUAUUGAGGUUUGUGUUCUUGUUUCUGCUACCCCUGUUCGAUGUCCUGAUAUCUGGUUGUAGCUCGGGAAAAUCGUCAAUGGUCGUGGACCCAUCGUGCAUAAUGGUUCUGACGAUGAUCUUGUGCCUCAGCGUGGACAGCGGAUGAGCAUUAAUCCUAUGAUGGGCAUGGAUCAGACGAUGCCAGGGAUGAACGCUCCUGCGUGGGGGCAGUGGCAGCAGCCCAUGCAGACGGGUAUGGGACCUAUGAUUGCUCCUCAGUUCGGCCCGGACCAGAACUUCUUCGCCGCCCACCAGCACGCAAUGAUGAUCGCGAAGCAAGCGUACCAAAUGGCAGUGGCUCAACAUGCGAUGGCAAUGGCCGGAGACGAAUGGGAACGAGGGUCCAACGUCGGCGGUGGGUCUGUAUAUGGAGGGGGUGGAGGUUC